AUGGAGCAACUCGAGGAGGAACUGACUUGCCCGAUCUGUUGUGGUCUAUUUGACGACCCAAGAGUGCUUCUCUGCUCGCACAGUUUCUGCCGGAGAUGCCUGGAGGUUCUCCUGGAGCCCCCCCGGGGCUCCGCUUUCUCCAGGUCGCCGUUCAGGUGCCCGACUUGCCGCAAGGAAAGCCCGCACAACGGCGCGAACAGCCUCCAGGUUAACUACUCCCUUCGCGGUAUAGUGGAGAAAUACGCCCGGCUUAAAGAGACGCCCCAAACGGGCGUGUGCGCCCAGCAUACCGGUCAGCCGCUUAAUAUGUUUUGCGCCACGGAUUUGCGGCUGAUUUGCGGCUGUUGCGCGACCGCCGACGAGCACCGGGACCACCGCUUCUGUUCCCUGGAGGAGGCGUACAAGCAGGAGAGACACGCAUUCGAGGAGCUCCUCCGCGGGGCGGAGGGUUGGCCGAGCGCGGGUGCUCUCGCCCGGCUGGAGUCGUUGCGAGCGGCUAAGAAAAGGGCGCUCCAGGCGGUCAACGAGGACGCGGAGCGGGCGAGCGACUACUUCGAGAGGUUGACAGCCGCGCUGGAGAGCAAGAAAAGCGAGAUCCUGUGCGACUUCGAGACGCAGAAGCUGGCCGUCAUACAAGCGUACGACCCGGAGAUGACGCGGCUGCGAGAUAUGCUGGAUCGCCAGCGGAGCGCGCUGACUGAAGCCGAGGUGUUCCGCGGCGUCACGGAGCCGCUGGGUUUCCUGGAGCACAUGCACGACUUCCGACGAACCCUCGCGGCUCUGAAGAAGGAGGAAGCGGGCAAGGAGACGCCGCCUCCCGCUCGGACACCUCCGGAUGUCGCCCCGCUCGAUGUCAAAAAGUGGGACGCGAUGAAGCUCGGGGACGUUGAUAAGAUGACGGUGCCUCAUGAGAGGGAGGUGACGGCGAGGGUUGGGAAAUCACGCCGAUCCACGCGGUGUCUCUCCUCGGCUAUCCUGAUGUGGGGGCUUUUAUCCGCGGCUACCACGCUGCUGCUUCUCGGGGGGGUCACAGAAGAAGCUCUGUGGGAGGUGACUGAUGCAUCCACGCGGGUCGUGGGCAACUUCAUUGACUCCGCUGUCAGUUACAUUGGCGGAUACACGUCGAUUUAA